AUGAAAAAGAACGUACCCAGAGGAUUCUAUGAGGAAAACGUGGCGACUGUGGAUGAUAUUGACGUAAGUGCUGUUGUGUGGAAAGAUAACAAGCCCGUUAACCUUCUUUCCACUUACGUAGGAGCAGAACCAGCAACCACAGUCACGCGCUUUGAUAAAUCGAAGAAAGAGAGAGUUGCUAUUCCAUGCCCCAAAGUCAUCAAGGAGUACAAUGCUCACAUGGGGGGCGUGGACUUAUUAGAUUCAUUUAUAGGUCGUUAUCACAUCACAAUGAAGAGCCGCAAGUGGACCAUGCGCUUAUUUUAUCAUUUCCUGGACCUCGCAGUUAUAAAUUCAUGGGUUAUGUUCAAGAAGGUAAAUAAUAUAAAAGGAAAUGAUCAACUUCUCAAUUUGGGUACAUUUAGACUAGAACUUGCCGAAACCCUCUGCAAAUUGGGUCUACCUGCAAAUGGCGCUAAACGUUGUCGACCUAGUGGCAGCACAAUACAAAGAGAUCUUGUAAUGAAGAAGUUCCGAGGACCAGCUCAAGCAAUUCCUUUGAAAGACGUCAGAUUGGAUCAGACAUGUCAUUGGGCAGUUUGGCUGGAUAAGCAGCAGAGGUGCAAAUUCCCGAAAUGUUCAGGAUUUACGUUCAAAAUGUGCCAAAAAUGUCGUGUAUCUUUAUGUGAUACGAAAAAAAGCAAUUGUUUUUAUAAAUAUCAUAAUUUAGAAUAA